GGAUUCUUUGGCUUCACCAGCCAUGCCGUCGUCUAUGAGGAGACAAAACGAAGCCUGAGUCGCCUCCAGGGCCAAGGAUCGGAUGCACGCCUUGCACGGCCUGGUGCUCGCGGUCGAACGACCCCGAGGCUCUCUUUCAGCGAGCUCCCUCCUAUAGUGCGUCAUAUGAGCAUCUAUGCUCUCGAGGCUCUACCAGGCCAAUCCAAUGAGCAGAUUGUCUUUUACGAAAAGGAUCCCGAGGAAAGGCGCUGGUCACAGCUCGUGCUGGCCCGCAUCACGAAUUCAGUCCUGGACUUGCUCAAGAAGAACCCCGAUGGGUCUGGGCCUGACUUGGAGAGAGUUGCUGAAAUCCUGUGCAACAACUCUGCUCAGCCCUUGCGAGAUAUGGAUGACUCGCAGCAGUGGAUGGACCAGUAUUGUGGUGACAACCUUAGAUGGGAGUCAAUCGGCCUGAUAUGGGGAAAUCUGGAGCGCCUAACAGACACUCUCAACUCUCUUCGGCCCUGUCACGUUGCAUGGAUUCCUGGCAAAUGUGAUAGGGAGCUAUCCAGGACGCAUCUCAGUUAUUGCAUUGAUCUUGCGCGACAGUUCACCGAUGGCAAUGCUAUACUACUGGACCUUAUUCGACGACAAACGACCUUUGUGUCUCACCUGGAUGGCGAUGCUGCUGCAUCGUGCUGGUACUCUCACGGCGCCGCUGUAUCUAUGCUUACCUUCAUGGGCCUGCAUGCCCAGGUGGGAGAGAUUCCCCAUACACCCACGCUCUGCUCUGAGCAUAACCGGCGGAUCGUUGCCCAAAUCUACAACCACGACAAGUUCAGCGUCGCGUUCUCGGGACGGCCCGCGCUGCUUAAUCGCAAAUACUGCAUGACGCCUCUGCCGCUGGAUCUGCGGGAUGAGGAUCUUGCAGACGAGGCAACCUUGCAGAAAGCGGCUCAAGAGCUGGAUGAGCGUGGCUGGAACAAAAAAGGUAAAAUGUAUCCAUUUACGCUCAUUCGAGCUCGUCGCAUGAUGGCAUCCAUUUUGGAAGAAGUGAUGGAACUUGCCUUGGGAUGUACCGUCUGCACUACGCUUGAUGAACUGCGGAACAUACAGGUCCGACAGCUAGAAACACUUGCUGGUUUUCCAGCCUGUCUCAUAUACGACCCACAAGAUCUAUCAGAUCCAAAUCGAGACAUUGAAAAUGUUUACGCCAAGAUAUUAAUCCGUCUAGGCCAUCUACAGGUCAUGUUCUUCUUGGAGCGGCUUCUAUGCAUCAAUGGCAGCUUGGAGCAAGGCAACUUGUUGGUCUUGAGCUUCGAAAUGCUCACGCUGACACUUACCUUGUGGACACAUAAAGACCAAUUCGCAGCAAUGCGGCGUAACUUUGAAUGGCUUCUCAUGGCCCAUGCCGCACCAGCAGGCGGCAUCCUCUGCCUGGAACUACUCAACCCAAGUUUUACUGGGAAACACCCCAAGGAAGAACGAAUAACUCGCUCGAGCAUCAUACAGAAUCUCAGUCUCUUGGUAGGUUUUCUUGACUGGGUGCGUCCAUCGGCGCCAAAUGGUGAUUUAUGCAUGGACUGCAAAGUCAUUAUACAACGAGUGUUGGAUCAUACCUUGAACGGCAGCCUAAACGGCGACAGCCCGUGGGCAGCCCUAGCGUACGACUUCCCAGAGCCUUUAGAUUUCAACUUUGACUUGCUGGAUACCUUUGACUGGUUGCACACGGAUUUUCAAUAGCGGGCUUUACAAGCACGUGAAGUAUGAGCAAGCCAUCUUUAUCGUUUCAAACUGCUAGCAGUCUUAAUACGCCAUUUCGACUUUGUAUAAAUACCACAUUUUGAAGAGAUUUAAACCCGGGAAAGCUGUUGGUUUACAAUUAUACCUCACGCAACCCAUCUUAUAGAGAGGAGACUAGCUUCAAAGAAACACGCCUCUGCCAUUACGUGUAAUUGAAACCAUUCAGCUCUUGGCGCAUA